AUGAAGUUCUUGAUUGUCCCAAUUUCUCUGUCCUUCCUCCUCUUCGGAGCAGUCGCAGUGGGACAGGGUAGUGUGGGUAGCCUUUGUGCGAAAGACUCAGACUGUCUGGCAUGUUUGAAUGACGGAACUGGAAGGCGUCUCUUUUGUCCAGGAUCUGGAAAUGGUGAGAGACGCUGCGCCAUCAACGAGAAGGCUGGUAGAUGUGGGCCCUAG